AUGGAUCGACGAAUGCAAACAAAAAUUUUAACACAUAAUUGUCCACCGUAUGCAUUAGUAUAUACAAAUAAUGCUAUUAUAAUUGGUGGAUGUGAUCAACGAAUAGUAUCGUAUACCGAAAAUGGCCAAUUAUUACAGCAAUUUGAUUACUGUAAUGAGAUAGAUCAUGAGAAAGAGUUUACUGUAGCUGUUCGUGACACAUUUGGACAAAGUGUCAUUUUUGGAAGUUUUGAUAGAGUACGACUUUAUUCAUGGAAUUCUCGACGAGGUGCUUUAGAUGAAGGUAAACCAUUAGAGAUUCGUUACUUAUAUACAAUUAGCGCAUUAGCAUGGAGUCCAGAUGGUUCAACUAUUGCAGUGGGUACAUUAUGUGGUGCAGUGAUAAUCUUAGAUUGUUGUUUAAAACAUUUCAUACUGAAAGGACAUUUUGAAACAAAAUAUGUUUCUCCCUCACAAGUUAUUAUUAAAGAUACAUCUACUGAACAACAUGUAACAAUUCAUUCUUCUAAAGGAUUACCUAUUAAUGAAAUUAAAAUAAUGGGACAUGAUCGAUAUGUGAUUGCUUAUACAACAAAUACACUGAUAAUUGCUGAUAUGAGGAGUGGUUAUUGCAGUGAAAUUGAAUGGCAAAGUGCUGGUAAUGAGAAAUUCUAUUUUGAUAACGAAAAUGUUUGUAUGAUAAUUAAUGCUGGUGAGGUAAAUUUGGUAGAAUAUGGAAAUAAUGAGAUAAUUGGUUGGAUUCGAACAGAGCUCAUAUCAACACAUCUCAUUUCAGUACGAAUUACAAAACAACAACUUAAAAAUAUAAAUAUUAUAAAGCGUGUUGCUUAUCUGCUUGAUUUGAAUACCAUUUCAGUGGUUGAUUUAAUAAGUCAACGACAGAUUGCACAAUUUACGCAUCCAGUAUACAUCGAUUGGCUUGAGCUUAGUGAAAUGGCAACAAAAUUAUUGUUUCGUGAUAAGAGAUCUCGAUUAUUGCUAGCUGAUAUCAAAAGUGAUCGAAAGAUAUCAUUGUUGGAUUAUUGUAGUUAUGUUCAAUGGGUUCCUAAUAGUGAUGUUAUUGUAGCUCAAUCGAUUGAUCAACUUUGCAUUUGGUAUCAAGCAGAAAAUCCUGAUGAAAUGGUAAUGAUACCUAUAAAAGGUGAAAUUGAAACUGUUCUUCGUGAUGAAUCUAGAACUGAAGUUAUUGUUGAGGAAGCAAAUGAAAAAGUUGCUUAUGAACUUGAUCAAACACUUAUCGAAUUUGCUUCCGCUAUUGAUCGAUUUGAUUUUGCUCGAGCAAUUGAUUUUUUAGAGAAACGAGAAGACGAGGAAUAUGAUACAACAGUACUAUGGCGUCAACUUGCUCAGGUUGCAUUAUCACAACAACAAUUAUUGAUUGCACAACGAUGUUUCGCAGCAUUGGGUGAUAUUUCUCGAGUGCAAAUGCUUGUGGAAAUGAUUCGAAUUGCUGAUGAAAUAACGAGAAAUACCGGUGAUGAUGGAAAAAAUAAUUAUAAAGUUCAAGCACGUCUAGCUCUUAUGAAUAAAGAUUUUCGAGAAGCUGAAAGAAUUUAUCUCGAACAGAAUGCAUUAGAUGAAAUUAUUGAAAUUUAUCAGCAAAUUGGCAAAUGGGAUGAAGCAUUUGAGUUAGCUCAAUCACAAAAUCAUCCAGACUUGGAAACUGUUAAAGCACGAUACUAUCGUUAUUUAUUUGAUACAGGUCAGGAUGGAAAAGCUGCACAAAUAUCAGAACGUGAUGGUGAUUUGCUUGUUGCAAUUGAAUUAUAUUUGAAAGCUGGUUUGAUCAUUCAAGCUGCUCGUAUCCUUUUGCAAAAUUCAAAACUUUUAUUUAAAGAUGAUUUAGUACAAAGUGUUAUUACAGCAUUGAUACAAUCUGAUCAAUUUGAAAAAGCUGGUGAAUUAUUUGAAGCAAUAAAAAAUUUUGAACAAUCAUUGGAAAAUUAUCAAAAAGGAAAAAGUUAUGCAAAAGCUAUUCAGCUAGCACGAAUACAUUUUCCGGAAAAAGUUAUUUCAUUGGAAGAGGAUUGGGGUGAUUAUUUGAUUGCAGAAGGAAAUUAUGAUGCAGCAAUAAAUCAUUUUCUUGAAAGUGGAAAAACAGCAAAAGCACUUGAAGCAUCAAUUAAAGCAAAACAAUGGAGUAGAGCUGCACAAAUUGUUGAUGUAAUUGAAGAUAGCGAACUGGCAAAACGAUACUAUGGCAAAAUUGCUGAUCAUCAUGCAAGUAUUGGUGAUCUUGAGCGAGCUGAAAUGUUAUACAUUGAAGCAAAAAUGCAUCGAGAAGCAAUCGAAAUGUAUAAUAAAGCUUCCCGAUGGGCUGAUUCAUAUCGGUUAGCUACAGAAUUUAUGGGAGUUGAGAGUGAUCAAAUGUAUGAAGAAUUAGCACAAACAAUGGAAAAUAGUGGUCGUUUAAAGGAUGCAGAGCAGCUAUAUAUUGCAAUUGGACAAGUUAAUAAUGCUAUUGCAAUGUAUAAGAAAACAGAUCGAAUUGAUGAUAUGAUAAGAUUGAUGGAAAAAUAUCAUAUCGAGAAUGUCAAAGAAACUCAUCUUCAAGUGGCAAUUGAUUUGGAGGAAAAAGGUAAUUUACGAGAAGCAGAAGAGCAUUAUUUACUUGCUAAUGAAUGGAAAAAAGCAGUUAAUAUGUAUCGUAAUGCUGAAAUAUGGAAUGAUGCUUAUAGGAUUGCUAAACAGGAAGGUGAUGAUAUGGCACAAAAACAGAUUGCAUUUUUGUGGGCAAAAAGUUUAAAUAGUGAUGCAGCAGUGAAAUUAUUGCAGAAAUUUAAAUUACUAGAUGAAUCGAUUGAUUAUGCAUGCGAAAAUGGAGCAUUCGAUUUUGCAUUUGAUUUGUGUCGUUUGGAAGCAAAAAAUCGUUUACCAUCAGUGCAUUUCAAAUUAGCACAACAAUUGGAAGAGGAAGGUGAAUUUGAAAAAGCUGAAAUGCAUUUUAUAGAAAGUGGUAAGCCUAAAGAAGCUAUAUUAAUGUAUAUUCAUGAUCAAGAUUGGGAAAAUGCUGAACGAGUUGCAAAAAAGCAUAGUCCAGAAACAUUAUCUAUAAUUAAAACAUUAGAAGAGGAAUUUGAUCAAGUACAGCUAAAAUCUGGCGCAAAAGGUAUUUUAUCAUUUAUUGCACAAGCACGAGAUUGGGAAAGUGAAGGUGAAUAUAUUCGAGCUAUUCAAUGCUAUCUAAAAGUAAAGGAUUCAGAGACAGCUGAUACUGAUACAGUUGUAAAUGCUUUAAAACGGGCUGGAGAAUUAGCAAUAAAAUUUCUCUCAGAUGAUGUAACUUCUGCAAUUGUUGAUGAAAUUGCAGAAAUUUUCAUUCAUUUGAAACGGUUUAUUGAAGCAGCUGAAUUAUUUUUGGCAUCAAAUCAACCGGAUAAUGCUAUUAAAGCAUUCUUGCUUGGUGGACAAUGGUCAAAAGCUAAAAAAUUAGCUAUCGAAUUUGUUCCGGAUUUAGCCGAUUUUGUGGAUGAAAAAUACCGGGAAUCAUUGAAACAGCAAGGUCGAUUAGGUGAAUUAAUGGAUGUUGAUAUUGUUAGCGCUAUUGACGCAUUACUGGAACAUGGUCAGUGGGAAAAAGCGCUUGAAAUAGCACAUCAACAAAAACAUCAACCAUUGUUGGAUAAAUAUGUCGCAUUAUAUGCAACCGAAUUAAUUAAACAAAUGAAAUAUGAUGAAGCAUUGAUUACAUUUGAAAAAUAUGGUGCAUCUUCAAAUUCUAACAAUUUUAACAUUUAUCAAAGACUUAUUGAAGAAGUUAUUAACGUACGUAAUAUGAACAAUCCAAACGUUUAUAGAAAAUGGGCAACUUUACGAAAUGUUCUUCUUAUGGUAUGUAAUGGUAUGAAUACUAAAGAGAAGCAAAAAGAGUUAUUUAAUAGAUAUUUGGAGAUUGCUCAUUAUGGUGCAUUACGUUCAGCUAUUCUCGAAUAUACUGGAACAGAGAUAGAACGUAUCGUAGCUCAAAUUACGAUAAGCUUUAUUCGUUAUAGUGAUAUUAUGCAAGCUGAUAAAGUUUUUUAUGAAGCUGGGAUGGCAUGCAGAAAAUUGGGUACCACAAAAGAACGCUUAGCAUUUAUACUUUUAAAUCAUUAUCUUGAUUUAUGUGAUGCAAUUGAUGAUCAAAAUCCAUCAGCUAUUGAUUGCUCCAUUUUUGAUGGCACUGAUAUACCACAACAAAUAUUACUUCCUGCAACAAAAUAUACAUCUGAUGAUGAAUAUGAAGAAGUAAAAGAAUGGGUGUUAGCAAUUUCGAUGGAGCAAAGUAUAGAACGAAAUUUACCCUAUGAUAAUGAUGGUAAUUUUGAAGUAAGCUUAUUUGAUGCAAAUGGUAUAUCUCAUCCAGCAUGUCUUAUUUCAGGUUAUCCAACAUAUGGAAAUGUUAAAGAAUUUGGAUCAUCUGGUAGAGUAGCCGAUCGUGAUACAUGGAGUUGUUUCAUUAUGGCACAAAAGACAAAAUCAACUGAAAAUAUAAGCGAUGUAUUACAGUUUAUAGCAAAAUGGACACAAACAACAGCAUCAUUAUCAUUAUAA